AUGAAGGAAGAGCGAUCAAUCUUAGAACUUAUUGGAUCGAGUCCUUCCGACAUAUCGUCCUUGGUUGACGAUUUCGUAAAUGCAUGGAAAAAGGACAACCCAGACCUUGCAGUCUCAGAACUUGAACACAUCCAUAAUUCGGCCAACACUGUCAAGGUCGCACUGUUGAACCCGAAUUCGGACUCAAAUAACACCAGGAGGGACUACAGCCCCUCAGCUUUGUCUCAUCCGCUCAGCCACGCCUCUUUCCAUAGUCGGCAGAUAGUCAAUUCCACUUUGACUAGUGGCAAUUCGACGACGAUAGAGGAGGCCAGGGAGAUUGUUCGUCAAGCCCAGCAUGAAGCCAACGCUCGUAACCGGGAGCGCUUCGAAAACCCUCGUCUUAAUAACUACUAUGCUAGCUUCAGCAAGCCAGCCGCACUAAAAGCUCGUGCUGAUGAUGCCGCUGCUAUUACACCAAAUGAAACCGUCAAGGCUGCAGCCGCAGUAGUUGCUGAGGCAGACGCAGAGAAUCUACAGCCUGACACCUACCCUGGUCUUCCCGCUGAGUUGCAACAGCUCAAAGAUGAGCUCCACGGUCCGCCUGCUGUAGGGGCCGAGGGACUGAACAAACGAGCCACUGGAGGUUCCUGGUGGAUGGAAAACAUUGCACACCAAGGCAGGGUUCCGUAUGGCGGAGACAGUGGAUACGUUGUAUUUCGCAAUGUCAAAGAUUAUGGUGCUGUUGGUGAUGGCAAGACAGAUGAUACGGCAGCCAUCAACAAAGCCAUGACAGACGGCAAGCGGUGUGGUAAGAACUGUGGAGCUUCCACCAUUAAGCCGGCUAUUGUUUACUUCCCUGCCGGAACCUAUCUCGUCAGCUCCACCAUUCCAGCGUACUACAACACACAGAUGAUUGGAAAUGCUAACAACUUGCCUAUCAUCAAAGCUGCUGCUAGUUUUGUUGGAUUAGGCGUUAUAUCAUCGGAUGAGUACACUGGAGGCAAUGGAGGUGAAGAACAAUGGUUUAUCAACCAGAACAAUUUCCUUAGACAGUUACGCAACUUCAUCAUCGAUGUCAGGAGCGCCGACAUGACUGAUAUUGCUGGUGUACACUGGCAGGUCGCGCAAGCCACUAGCAUCCAAAACGUUGUCUUCUAUCAGUCAGACGCUGCCGGCAAGACACACAAGGGUAUUUUUGCAGAGAACGGAAGCGGUGGGUUCAUGUCUGACCUCAUCUUUUUUGGUGGUGAUACAGGAAUCAGGUGUGGUAACCAGCAGUUCACGGUCCGUAACUUUGUCUUCUCUGGCUGUCGUACAGCCAUUGAUCUGCUCUGGGAUUGGGGAUGGACAUGGAAGUCUAUGAUCAUUUCCGGCGCCAACAUCGGGUUCCGCAUGACGGGUACGUUCCGUGGCGGGUCUCUCAUGUUCUUGGAUUCGGCAAUCAGUAGCACGACUACGGGUAUCUCUAUUUCCACCCCCAAGGGCGCAACAUCGAACGAGAUGUUCACUAUCAACAUUGAUAAUCUCAAACUUACCAGCGUUGGUACAGCAGUCAGCCACCAGAAUGCCGGCGUUACACUUGCUGGUGGUAGCAGGACAAUUGAUUCAUGGACUUUAGGGAAGGUGUACGAUCAGGCCAAUCCAAAGGGAAAAUUCCAGUCCGGCCCUCUGUCUUCUACUCAUCCCAAAACAGCUUCGCUCAUGGGAAAGAAUGGAUACUAUGAGCGAAGUAAGCCGCAGUAUGAACUUCUGGAUGCCAAUACCUUCAUGAACGCCCGUCUCAUUGCCAAGGGCGAUGGUUCAACAGAUGAUAGCUUUGCGCUCGCUCUGAUGAUAUCUCUAUCGACCGCUCUGGCACGUCCACUCUACAUACCUUUUGGAUCCUACAUUGUCACUGGAACGCUCAGAGUACCCGUGGGAGCUGUCAUCGUCGGCGAGUGCUGGGCUCAGAUUGUAGCCAAAGGCGCCUACUUUUCCGAUGUGAACAACCCUCAAGUGCUAUUCCAGGUCGGUGAAGCUGGCGAUACAGGAUCGGUAGAAAUCCAGGAUAUCAUGUUCACCACGGAAGGUCCUACAGCGGGGGCAAUCCUAUUGCAAUGGAACAUGGCCCAAGGCUUGCAAGGCUCUGCUGCCAUCUGGGAUAGCCAUUUCCGCGUUGGUGGAGCCCAAGGUUCGCGACUGACUGCUUCUGAUUGCCCCAAGCUUACUGGAAGCGUCAACAACAAUUGUAUUGCUGCCAGUAUGAUGAUACACAUGACCGUCACCUCUUCGGCCUAUCUCGAAAACGUGUGGGCAUGGGUAGCUGAUCACGAUAUGGACUCUGGUCCCAGUCAAACCCAGAUUGACAUAUAUUGCGCACGUGGCGUUCUAAUUGAGAGUCAGGGUGGCCCUGUCUGGAUGUACGGUACCGCCUCGGAGCAUUCUAUCUUCUACCAAUUUCAGCUCUACGGCGCGAAAGAUGUCUUUAUGGGCAUGAUCCAAACGGAAAGCCCUUACUUUUUCCCCAAUCCCCAAGCACCCGCACCUUUCACUGCGCAAGUAGGACAGUUCCCAGGAGAUCCAGACUUCAAAGAUUGCCCAGCGGGCGAUAAUCAUUGCGCAGCUUCGUACGGCCUCAUGAUAAACGGUGCCACCAACGUGCACAUUCUGGGCGCCGGCCUCUACAAUUGGUUCCAAGCGUACAUUCAGCCCUGUGUUGAUGCACAGAACUGUCAAAGACGCGUUGUAGAUGUCAAAGAGAGCGGAAAUAUCUGGAUGUACAACCUGUACACCAUCGGCACAGUCGAAAUGCUCAAUUUGAAGGGAAGUGAUCCUAUUACAGCCAAGGACAAUACAAACACGAACGAACAUCCAUUCACUUCCAUCAUAAAUGCUUGGUUGGUAGCAUCCACUGGCGAGGGAAGAAUCCCCAUCACCGAAGAUGGUGAUUACGAUAUCGACGAUCUACCCGAAACCAUGACUGCAACAGACUAUGCGCCUUGUAACGCCAAAUUCAAUACACUGGACCAGAUCAAGGACGCUGGCUCUUCGGUGCCGGCUCACUGCUUUGAUUCGUACAUUGCCGAUGUUGAAAUCCAGAUUCUGAACAGUGCCUUGAGCGACUACAACAAUAUGUUGAACAACGGCUACGACGGCAAGUUUGACGUUUACGAGCGAUACACGAAGGAGCAAGCUCCUGUUUCGGUGGCCAAGUAUAUGUCUGGAGCCCAGAAGUCUGGUAACUUCAAGUGUACUAUACAACAGUACAAGCAGUGCUGUAAAAACUGUCUGAACGUCUAUCAAUGUCCUAACGGUUGCUCAUCGGCCAAGGACUGUACGGGCGGCAACGUCGCCGUUACGAUUGAUUGUCCAACUGAAGUUCCAAGCAUCGAUACGGACUAUUUUUCGCAUCAGCAGGAGAUUACGUUCACUUUGACCAAUUCGGACGCGUUCUUCUCGCAGAUCAGUGAGCAGUACGGCAUUUCUAAGGACUGGAUUUCGUUUGGGGAUUAUAUGGUCCAUCUCGCCAACUGCGCCAACGCCGGUACUCAGGUUAACGAAUGCAUCAAGGCCGGGUCAACGUACUGGCACGGAUUCCCCAAUAUCGAUGCGGCCAAGCUUGUGAUCCCCAAUCCCAAGGACAUUAUCGGCGGGGCAUAUGACAAGACGAAGACACUGCUCGACUCGUCGGUCAGUGCGAGGAGAUACGCGCCGCACGAUUUCACGAGCAGCCGCAACUCGGAUAUUGUGGAUGCACUCGGGAUGCCAUCGCUCCUAAUGUCCGAGGCCGUGGCUAACAUGAAGAAUGUAGUCGACACAGCAAAUAAGGUGCUCGAGCAGGAGCGCAAAGAAAGUAUUGCUGACUUCAUCACAGCCAUUUUUAUGAUCAUUCCAUUUGUGGGCGAGGCGGUGGGCGCGCUGGGCGGUGCCACAAUGCGCUCGAUCAUUCUCAUGGCUGGCGAACUGGGUAACGUGGGGUAUUCUGUAUAUGAGCUUGUGGAGAACCCUUCAGAUGCGUUGGGCACUAUUUUCGGAUUCCUCCUGGGCGGAGGCGUGUCGAGGCAGCCAUUCCGCGACGCAGCGACAGCGAGGAGAGGAUUCAGUAGCACCAACUUUGAGAAGUUGCCCCCGAGGGUUAAGACGGAUCUGGGAACUAUCUCAUCGUUGAGACAAGCGUGUCUGAAGUAGGGGAUCAGUGGGGGCAGCGGGUGUGGGCUGCGAGCUCAGAGAAGAUCGGAUGGAGAGUAAUGGUGUCGCACAUACCCGUGGACCUAUCUUGUUUGUGUAGAUAUGGUUCCGUCUGUUACAAUCGUUAGAUACCAUGAAAGGCGUGUCAUGUGCUAUGCCAGUGUAAAGUACUCGGG